AAUAUUCCCUUCGCGGCGCCCACCAGAAAUUGGAGAAGCUCGCCGCAGUGCGGAUUCCCGUUUAGCGGCGGCUACGGAGGCGAGGCGAUGGGCCGCCCCCGCGAUGGCCGCGCCUUCCUCCACCGCGCGCUUGUUUUCUCGUCGCUGCUGCUCCUCGCCUCCGCCGAAGUCAUCUUCGAGGAGCGAUUCGAUGAUGGGUGGGAGAGCCGUUGGGUGAAAUCUGAUUGGAAAAGGAGCGAAGGAAAAGCUGGAACGUUCAGACACACUGCGGGAACCUAUUCUGGAGAUCCUGAUGAUAAAGGUAUACAAACAACUAUAGAUGCUAGGCAUUUUGCUAUAUCGGCAAAAUUCCCAGAAUUUAGUAACAAGAACCGGACAUUGGUGAUUCAGUACUCAAUAAAGAUUGAGCAGGAUAUUGAAUGUGGCGGUGCUUACAUCAAGCUUAUGUCUGGUUAUGUCAACCAGAAGAAAUUUGGCGGUGACACUCCUUACAGCUUCAUGUUUGGGCCUGAUAUAUGUGGGGAUCAGACAAAGAAGCUUCAUCUCAUACUUUCUUACCAAGGGCAAAAAUAUCCUAUCAAGAAAGAUCUAAAAUGUGAAACAGACAAAUUAACACAUUUUUACACAUUUAUUCUUAGGCCUGAUGCCUCUUAUAGCCUCCUUGUUGACAAUCGGGAGAGAGAAUUUGGGAGCAUGUAUACUGACUGGGACAUCCUCCCUCCUCGUAAGAUCAAAGAUACUAAUGCAAAAAAGCCAAAAGAUUGGGAUGAUAGGGAAUAUAUUGAAGAUCCUGAUCAAGUUAAGCCAGAGGGCUAUGAUUCAAUUCCUAAAGAGAUACCUGAUCCAAAGGACAAAAAGCCCGAGUCAUGGGACGACGACGACGACGGCAUAUGGAAGCCUAGAAUGAUUCCAAAUCCAGAGUACAGGGGACCAUGGAAGCGCAAGAAAAUCAAGAAUCCUAAAUAUAAGGGAAAGUGGAAGAUCCCAUGGAUUGAUAAUCCAGAGUUUGAGGAUGACCCAGACCUAUACGUUCUGAAACCUUUGCAGUAUGUGGGAAUUGAAGUUUGGCAGGUGAAAGCAGGUUCAGUUUUUGACAACAUUUUGAUUUGUGACGACCCGGAUUAUGCAAGACAUGUUGUAGACGAAACUUUUGCUGCAAAUAAGGAGGCUGAAAAGGAGGCCUUCGAAGGAGCUGAAAAGCGGAAGAAGGCUAGAGAAGAUGAGGAAGCACGGCGGGCGCGGGAGGAAGGGGAGAAACGAAGGCGAGAGAGGGAUCGGGACCGUGGCAGGGACCAUUACAGGAAUAAAUAUAAAAGACAUCAUAGGCACUACGACGAUCAUGACGAGCUAUAGAUAUUUGCAUUCUUUCAAGGGGUGCUAAACUGGUUACUGCUGGACAUCGACUGUCGUCUUCUAUGGAAAUUGAACAUGAUGCUUGUGUCAAUAAAUUAUGUCACUUCGGGGCAGAGCAAGUUGAAGUCCUUAACCAUACGGUCGUAGUCGUGGAGAGCACACGUACAGAUGUUGUAUGCUGUACGCAGUACACCCGAAUCAAAUUGAAACGGUGAUCUUAGCGAUGGCAUGAGAUUCGCCAUAUCCCAGCUGUAAAUUGGCCAUGAAGUGUGAAGUCUGAAGUGUAGCACUGUCCUUGGUACUCUUAGAUUUACCAUGACGAGUUAAAUGCAUGCUGCUGAUUUUCAGACUC